AGUUAGCAGAGAAGCGUGACACGAUUAUGUGAGCAAAAAUGACAUAUCAGCUGGCAAAGAAGACUGUAAUUCAUGGGUGGAAGAACAGUUAUCUUGCUUCAUUAGUGGAGAACCAUUCACUUUGUGGUAUGGGAGAUGUGAAUGUGAGAAUAUCUGCUGUCCAACUCAUGAAUCAGACUUGGUUCAUUCAAAGAAGAUGGAAGAAGAGAAAAAGAGAGGAGAGGGGUCCAGAGGAUGAUACAGAGUUGGAAGAAGGCCCGAUGGAUGUCAUUGAAGAUCUUUCCCAUGAUGACGAUGAUGCAAUGCUUGGGAAGAAAAAGGACUUCAAGGACAUCAAGGUCACUGUAUCAUCCUUAAGGCUGGAGUUGAUCCUCAAGGCUGGCCUUGGCAUCUCCCGCAGCAAAGUGGACCAGAUCUUUUAUGACAAUCGAGUACGCCUGAACGGGGAACAGGUAUUGAAGAAAGGAGUACAGAUUGCCUUAGGGGAUGAGUUGGAUGUCAUCUCAGGAUUCAGUGAAACAAAUCCUCACUUCCUUGUUGUGUCUCGUGUCAUACUGCAAGCAGCUCACAGGACCGGUUCAGAUGACAAAGAUGAAAAUGUCAAUUUCAAGGUCACUCUCAGGCGUUUCAAGAAUCUCAUUGUUGAAAACUAUCCUGACCCAUGGGGAAGAUGAUAUUAAGUGAUUUCUUGUGGCCCUUAGAAAGAAACAAUGACAUGCUAUCAGUGAAUGUUAAUAAAGCCUUUUCUGUGGAUAGAUCAGAUCUUACCCAGAAAUGUGGGCUUUUCUUAGU